AUGGGUCCCGCGAUGCCCCUCAUCGAUCGGAGUUUGGCGAUCUUCCUUGUGUCGAUCGUCAUGAUGUCGAUAUCCGUUAUAGUGGUAUCAUUAAGGACUUUCGUUCGGCUAUGGAUCGUUCGUGCUUUUGGGUGGGAUGAUGGUCUGAUGGUUGCAGCGCUGACGCUCUUCAUCAUGUUGAACAUCUGUUGCAUCGUUGGAUCAAUGAAUGGAAUUGGCCACUCCUACAAAGAUUUUACCAGCGUUAUUACCUUCAAGAAAGCUCUAAUGUGGUGGUGGCUCGGCCAAAUGAUCUAUAUCUGGGCAGCCUCGGUUGCCAAAAUAUCCAUCGCACUCGCACUCCUUCGUUUGACAGUCCAAAAGUCCCACCGCAUCAUCCUUUGGGGCCUUAUUGGUACUACUGUUUCUAUCGGUCUAAUGUUCUGGCUCGUCCUGCUAUUCGACUGCCAACCGAUCAGCUACUUCUGGCAUAGAGUUGAUAAAGAUAGCAAAGGAAGAUGUCUACCCCUGUCUACCCUAUUGGAUAUUGCCUAUUUUUACAGCUCUCUCACUAUCUUGUGUGAUCUGAUGCUCGGAAUUCUGCCCGCCUUCCUGGUAUGGAGCCUGCAAAUGAACAGCAGGACAAAGCUAGCUGUGGGAGGAAUCCUCAGCUUGGGUGCAUUCGCAAGUGUAGCCGUCAUCAUCCGCAUUCCCUUUUUACACUAUUACGCCGAUACAAAUUUCCUAUACUCAACCUUCCAAAUCGCAAUCUGGUCAGUCAUCGAAACAGGUCUCGGAAUCACAGCAGGCAGUCUCAUCACUCUUCGCCCCCUCUUCCGCUGGCUCCUGGACGGAACAAUGUCCUACACUCGAAAUACCCCGUGCCCAGAAAGAAAUUCACGCAAAUACCCACUAUCCAGUCUUAAGCUGGACAGCUCGAAGGGAGGUCAAGACCCGAGUUACUGGCGGCCUGAUCUCGAUCCCGAUGAUAACAAAAGUAUCAUCAUUACUGUCUCGUCACCUCGGAGACAGCAUUUCGCUCUUGCAAGUAAUAGCAGUGAGGAGGCUUUGUAUCCUGAGCUUGGCUUGACGCAUUCCAGGAAUCAUGUUACUAUUCAGAAGACUUUCGAGCAGGUUGUUACUGAGCGCCCAAAAUAG